UGAAAAAAAAUUGACAUUCGGCAAAUCGGUUGGUUUGAUUCUUUUUGGCAUUUUAUGAUUUGAAAUAAACUUAUUUUAGAAAGUAAUAUAAUAAGUCCGUAAAAAUGAAUGGCUUAGUGAAAACAGCGCAGAGAGUUAUGCAAAACUAUGUAAAAAAUGCCAGCAUAACGUGUGCCUUGGUGUCCCGAAGUCAAGCACCUGUGAAACGUGACUUCACAAGAGGGAUAUGGCACAUGAGCUGUUCCAGUCGUUUGGGAGGUUCUACUGCUACCAAUAUAUUGCACAAUCACUCCAAUACUUGCAGUUGCGGUUGUGGGCUGAAGGCGUUACACACAAAAGGUGAAAGAGAAUUAGUUGAGUUCCUGACUGAGGAGAUUGUGGCGGAACGUAAAGCGCAGAAGCUGAAGACACUACCAACAGAAGUAGAAGGCUUCCAGGUCAAGGGAGAUGGUGCUGAAGUUGUCCUGACUAAACAACUCAAAGACGAAAUUGUAAAAAUCACAUUCAAUGUGAACCACACUGUUGACUCUGAGGACUUUGGAGAAGGGGAGGUGCAAACUGAGAAGCAGGAGUUCACAGAGAUGCGCUCCAAGCCUCAAUUUGAAGUUGAUCUAGUUCGAGGGGACACCACCUUAGGAUUCACAUGCUCAUUCCUACAAGAUCCCCCAGCGGCUGGUGAUGAAUACAAUGACAUCUUUGGCAUUGAUGAGGUGACACUGUACAAGGGGGAGUGGUCGGAGAAGGUAUAUGCUGUUGCUGGAGAUGUACUUGAUGGGUAUCUAUACGACCUGCUGAUGAACUUACUAGAAGAAAAAGGUGUUAGCAAUGAGUUUGUACAAAAGCUGUCUGACUUCAGCACUGCGUAUGAACACUCGGCUUACAUCGCUAUGCUCGAGGGCAUCUCCCAAUUCACUAUCGGCAAGAAGUAGACUACACUAAAGAGAUGCAUGUCUAUGGUGAUGUGACACACUUUGGUGAUAUGGA